CUUCCUUCCGUCCAAUACACAUGAACUUAAUUCUUCAAAGUUCCAAAUUGCUUCUUUCGCCGCUUCAUUUUUCUACAUGACUACUGAUGACAUCAUUACAGCUGAGGUUGUGAAACAAAAUGUAAAAGUCCUUUCAAGUCUUCUCCAGAACACAGAAAAACACCUCCCCAGUCAGUUCUCCUAAAACUAAAAACUCAGCCAAAGGAGUACUUUGAGUCCAUUCUUUGCCUCAGACAAUUCCUUUUAGAUUGAAGUCAAUGGCAACCCAGACACCGCCAGAAUUUUCCAUCUCAAAACAAAUUAACUCUUUCCAGAAUACAAGCUACUGCAUGGAUACAAAAGAGCUCUGGGAUGUGUUGUACAGUGUGCUACCAACAUCGAUCAUUGUCAUCUUUUUUUUUGGUUUACUAGGAAAUAUAUUUGCCCUGUCCAUCUUCCUCUUGCUCAGGAGACGCCUAACUGUGGCAGAAAUUUACUUGACUAACCUGUCAGCAUCUGACUUGGUGUUUGUCACGGGUUUGCCCUUUUGGGCAGAAAGUGUCCAAGAGCAGUUCUUUUGGCCAUUUGGCCAUGCCUUUUGCUACAUCAUCAAUGGAAUCAUCAAGGCCAACAUGUUCAUAAGCAUCUUCUUGGUGGUGGCCAUCAGCAGGGACCGGUAUAUUGCUUUGGUUCACACUAUGUCCAGCCAGGUACAACGCAGCCACCGACAAGCCCAGAUCAUCUGUGUUUUCAUCUGGUUCUUGGGUGGUCUUCUAAGCAUCCCCACUUUUAUGUUCCGAUCAAUGAAAAGUGUCCCAGAUCUGAACGUCUCUGCCUGUAUACUUCAAUUCCCCCAUACAGUAUGGUAUUCUAUCAGGAUUAUUGAGCUGAGUGUGGUGGGCUUCAUCAUCCCCCUAAUUGCCAUCAUCUUCUUCAACUCUCAGAUAAUAACCUCCUUGAGAAGUCGAACUAAGACCAAUAUAAAGAGAUCAGGAAAGACAAGGGACACUAAAGCCACCACUCUGAUCCUUACCCUAGUGACUGUUUUCAUAAUAUGCUGGACUCCAUACCAUUGCUUUGCUAUCCUGGAAUACCUAUUCUGGGUGAAAGCUGUCCAGGGCUGCUUCUGGGAAGAAUUAAUUGACUUGGGCUUGAUAUAUGCCAAUUUCUUUGCUUUCCUCAACAGUUGCCUGAAUCCUGUGAUUUAUGUCUUUGUGGGGAAACUUUUUAGGGUCAGGGUUUAUGAAGUUUAUAAGCAAUGCACUGCCAAAUGUUCUGUCAAUGUAUCCUUAGGAUAGAAAAAAAAUCCUCUGCUUUUAUUUGAGCCAUUAAAACAUUAGAAGGAUUGUUGUUAGAUUCUCAUUGUUGCAUUUUAUUUUCUCCACAUUGGAAAGAGGGCUCCCACUGCAUAAGGGAACAUUUCCCAUUUCAAACCUAUCAGGGAUUCUCUAGUAAUGCUGUUCUCACUUAUACUCCACAUAUCCACCUCCUCCACCUGCAGGCAUUCUGUCUUCCAUUGUAGAGGCCAUGAGGAGCUCAGAAACAUGCCAUCCAGAUAUGCAAUAGACCACGUUUCCUCAUCACAGCUAUCCCCAUUAUUGACAAAACUAUGUAAGAAGGAGGCACAAGGACCCACAAAAUAAGAGCUCCCUGACCCAUAACCUCCUUCCACCACACACACACACACACACAUACACACAGCUCUCACACUCAGCAAGUCUCUGUACAGCUGCUAGGCUACACGCUUAAAUCUUAAUUCAAACUGCAUCUCUUUCUCUUAUUUACCCAACCCAUCUACUCUGCUCACUCCCAAUCUCUCUCUUUCCUAUACAUAGAACCCUCCCCUACUUCACACCUGUUAAAGUUCUCAAGCUCCUACAGUCCCCCCACCCCUUCACAUGCUCCUGUUUUCUCUUCUUCACACUCACACAACUGUGUUCCAUGCUAACUAAGCCACCAACUUCAAAUUAUUUCUGAAUACAAAUUCUUUCUCUAUCUACAUACCCAGUGGCUAAUUUUUAUAAUACCCAUAACACCAGUAAUAAGAGUACAUCCCAACACUUCUCAACUAAUGCUAGGAAUUCUCAGCAGCCAUCUGUCCCUGCAACCUUAGAUACCCUGUCACAGCCCUUUUUGCUGACAACCUCAGAUUCUAGCAAACCUUAGUAUUUUAGAGGACUCAACUUGGUAACAGAAAACCUGGGUUUGCAUGUGGACUUGGCACUUUCCUUGCUGGGUUGUGUAACUAUAGACAAGUCAUUUUGCCACUAACACAUACAACCACAACCCACACCCCACUCUAAAUCUCAGUCACCAUAAUAGCAAAAUGGGAAUAAAAGUGUUUUUUUGUCACAAGACACUUUGUAAUCCACAAAGUAGCAUGUCAAUGUGAGUUACAAUUAUCAUCAUUAUAAGGCAGCAUAAUCCAGAAGAGCAAACCAAGUUCUGGCUACUACAAUUAUGAGCUAUAGGAUUUGGGGGCAACUCAUCUCUGAAUUUCAGUUUUAUCAUCAUUGAAAUGGGGAUGAUUGCAUCUAUUUCAUAGGAUUGUCAUGAAGAUCAACUAGGAUAAUGUAUGGUGAGUACUUUACAAACCAUAAGGCACUAUAUUGAUGAGAAAUGUAGUAAAUAGUGACCUGGCUUUAGGGCCAGGGAAAGCUGAGUUCAAAUUUAACCUCUGACACAAUAAAGCUGUGUGACCCUAGACAAGUCACUUAACUUCUCAAGGAUAUCAGCAGCUAAAACUAUGAGUUGUAGAGAAUAAGCUGACCUGCAUUGGUAAAAGGAGUUUCCCUAUCCUGGAGUUCUCUAUACUAAUGAAAUCAACAGAUUCAAAGAUCUUUCCCUAAUACCCCUUAAAACAAAACCCACCUAUUUGCUGUUGAAAGUGGCUGGAAGAAAGGGAGGCAGAUGAUGUCCUCUCUUUCUUCCCACUUCACUUAGGCAGGAGUCUCACAUAUCAGUCCUUUAGUUCACAGGCCCUCAAGAAUAAGGAAAUAGGUGUCAGACAUAGGGCCUUUACUAGACAUAGAGCUUUGGGCUUGGGUUCAGUAGACCUUCCUUCUCUUCCCCAAAGAACAUUCAUCACCUGGCUUGCCCCUUGAUAUGCAGUUAAGGUAUUCAGUCUCUCAUCCUUAUUAGGGUUGUUGUUGUUCAG